ACAUUCCCUGUGGAAAAGAGCCAGGUCUGUGCUAGAGGACAGAGAGGAAGGAGAGCCUGAGUGGAUAGAUGGAUGAAGCCCAAAAUGUCCAAUUUCCUUUCCUGGCAUAAAGCUGAUCCCUUGCCGGAAAUGGAGGAAGGGAAGGGAUCAGGGAGGAGAGAAGACAGAGUCCCUCUUCUCCAGUCCCCCCACUUCCUCUUUCGCCUUCCUCCCCUGUGGGGGUAGCCUCUGCUCUCCCUCAACCCAGGGCACAGCCCCUCAGAAAAGCCCAAACUGGGCGAGUGAGAAGCUACGUCCCGGCACCUCCCUGCCCGAAGUGCCUGCUCCGCAUCUGUUCAUCUAGAGUGGGGCAGGGGGCCCCUAGGUCAAUGUGGACCGUCCAGACACUGGCAGUUUGUAUUUGCUCCCACCACGGCAGGAUGUGGAAGUGGGGGUCCCACGAAAGGUGUUGAGGUGCCACCCAGGUGAGGUAUCUUGGUUGUAAACAAUCAUUACAGCCAGGAAUUUCUUUCUCGGCUGUGGUGUCAGAAGGGCAGACCUGAAAAACCUGCUGGGCCCGCCUCUGGGUGUGGGGGUGCUCUCCGCAGCUCUCCUACUGCUGCCCAUCCUGGGACAGGACAGAACCACCAAUGGGGAGACCCAGGGGCUGAUGUGGGAGGGCACUGAGGAGGAGGCUGCUGGGAUUCCCUUCUCCUCGUCUCUGGGUGGGCAUGGAGCAGCCCCGGGCCCCAAGGCAAAUGUGCCGAGGGCAGGCUCAUGGAGGCAGAGGUUCGGGAGCCGGGUGUGGGGGUGUAGGGUGUGGAUCCUAUGUCUAGCCUGCCCAGUGACCCCAUGACUCAGGCCCUAGCUAUGUCUUCAAGGUGAGGCUGACAGGAUGGAAUCGGGGUUCCUUUAUGGACCCCGUGCUGGCUUCCAAGGUGCUGUGAGCUCCCAGGGAAGAAAGGCUAGAGGCAGCUCAGCAUCAGAUGUAGGAUCAAUUCUGGCGAACGGGCCCACCAGGGAGGAGUGGCGGUUCCUGUUGGGGUGGAGGAAGGUGUAGGCGAGCCUUGGGAGAAUUCCUCAGACCCAAUUGAGGCUGGGGAAAAAAGAUCCCCAGGAGCCAAGGGGCAGAGGAGGCCGAUUUUGGACCUCAAGGAAACCCUACAGUGCCGGACAAUGUCAAACCUCAGAGGAUGAGCAUGUGAGCACCUCUGCAAAGCACACGCUGCUGCCUGGGUACCCACAAGGCCUAUAGGGACUGAUCCCCACCCCGGUUGAGGACAGGGAAUCACAGGAGAGGAGUAGACCCUAUGGGGCAGGUAGGAGGACUGCCGAGGAACUGGUAGCACCACAUCCCCCAAUGUACAGGUAGGGAAGGGGGUUGGACCCAUACCUCCUCAUUUGCCUGAGUCUUCUCCAUACCUGGCUAUCUUGUCAUGACAAGCUGAGGAGUUCGAGGUGAGACUCCUGACUGUGGCUCAUGGGCCUCUGAGGAGGCAUCGUAAGUCCGCGCCAGCACCCCACUUGCUGUGCUUCCACUCAAUGGGAAGGGGACCAAGGCCUUGUCCCACCAUCAGCCACGGCCUCUCGACAGCACCGGGAUGGAAGUCAAAGGUCAGCUGAUCAGCUCUCCCACCUUCAAUGCCUCAGCUGCCCUGUUUGGAGAGGCUGCUCCCCAGGUGAAGUCAGAACGUCUGCGGGGGCUGCUUGACCGGCAGCGGGCUCUGCAGGAGGCCCUGAGGCUGAAACUUCAGGAGCUACGCAAAGUGUGUCUCCAGGAGGCGGAGCUGACUGGCCAUCUGCCCCCUGAGUGCCCGCUGGAGCCUGGUGAACGACCCCAGUUGGUCCGUCGGCGGCCUCCUGCAGCCCGAGCCUACCCUCCACCGCCCCCGAACCCAGCACACCACUCCUUGUGCCCUGCUGAGGAGCUGGCUCUCGAGGCCCUGGAACGUGAAGUGUCAGUACAGCAACAGAUCGCAGCAGCUGCCCGCCGCCUGGCCUUGGCCCCAGAGCUGAGUGCUGAGCAGCGCCGGCGCCGGCGCCAGGUCCAGGCAGAUGCACUGCGGAGGCUGCACGAGCUGGAGGAGCAGCUUGGGGACGUCAGAGCCCGCCUCGGUCUCCCGGUGCUCCCGCUGUCCACAGGGGCAGUUAUCACCGCCCAGGGUGUCUGCCUGAGCACACGCCUCACUCAGCUCAGCCAAGAGGACGUAGUUCUGCACUCGGAGAGCAGCUCCCUCUCAGAGUCUGGGGCCAGCCAUGAGAAUGAGGAGCCCCGUGGCUGCUUCCCUCUGACGGAGCGCCCCUCGCCACCCAAGGCCUGGGACCAGCUGCGGGCUGUAUCUGGGGGCAGCCCUGAGCGGCGAACCCCAUGGAAACCAUCCCCGUCAGAUCUUUACGGGGACCUAAAGAGCCGGCGGAACUCUGUGGCCAGCCCCACCAGCCCCACACGCUCUCUGCCCAGGAGUGCCUCCAGUUUUGAGGGGCGAAGUGUGCCUGCCACCCCUGUCCUCACCCGGGGCGCUGGCCCCCAGCUCUGCAAACCUGAAGGCCUCCAUUCUCGCCAGUGGUCGGGCAGCCAGGACUCCCAAAUGGGCUUCCCCCGGGCGGAACCAGCCUCCGACCGCGCCUCCCUCUUCACAGCUCGUACCCGCCGCAGCAACAGCUCCGAGGCCCUGCUUGUAGACCGGGCAGCUGGGGGGGGAGCUGGCUCCCCACCUGCACCUCUGGCUCCCCCUGCCACUGGUCCCCCAGUCUGUAAAAGCAGCGAGGUGCUGUAUGAGCGCCCCCAACCAGUCCCUGCCUUCUCCUCCCGCACAGCUGGUCCCCCAGACCCUCCCAGGGCUGCCCGGCCAAGCUCAGCUGCCCCUGCCUCCCGCGGGCCCCCUCGGCUCCCACCUGUGUGUGGGGACUUCCUCUUGGACUAUUCACUGGACCGAGGCCUGCCCCGUGGUGUUGGUGGGCCAGGCUGGGGGGAGCUGCUGCCUGCAGCUGAGGUCCCAGCAUCCCUGUCCCGCCGGGAUGGGCUCCUCACCAUGCUCCCAGGCCCGCCACCUGUGUAUGCAGCUGACGGCAGCAGCCCCCUCCUCCGCAGUAAGGACCCCCACACCCGUGCCACCCGCACCAAGCCCUGUGGCCUGCCCUUGGAGGCCGCCGAGGGUCCAGAGGUGCAUCCAAACCCUCUGCUGUGGUUGCCCCCACCCACCCGCAUCCCCACGGCUGGCGAGCGCAGCGGCCACAAGAACCUUGCUCUGGAGGGGCUGCGCGACUGGUACAUCCGGAACUCGGGACUGGGCGCGGGGCCCCAACGCCGGUCUGUGCUCCCCCACAUGGGCCCGCAACACCCGCCCUUCCUCCAUGCCCGCUGCUAUGAGGUGGGCCAGGCGCUGUAUGGGGCCCCCAGCCAGGCACCCCUCCCACACUCGAGGAGUUUCACGGCGCCCCCUGUCUCCGGCAGAUACUACGCGGACUUCCUGUACCCCCCGGAGCUCAGCGCUCGUUUAAGUGACCUGACGCUAGAGGGGGAGCAGUCGUCCAGUUCUGACCCUCAAACCCCAGGGACACUGGUCUGACCCCUUCUUUUAUGCCCCUUGUUGGCCCGGGCAUGAGUCCAGUCUGGGGAGCACACAGCUGACCUCGCUGAGCCCUGGGGUGCGGUUGCUCUCAGUCCUAGGGGGCGCCAACCUGAUCUUUCAAGGCCCCGGCUCCCUGUGGGCCCAUGAAGGUGUCUGAUGCCCUGCUUCUCCUCUCUCGUACUGUGCUGAGAACUGGGGCCCUCAGCCAGCUUAAAAGAGGGGCUGGUGUAAUGGGGACUCCAAGCCCUCCUCCAUUUCUGUUUACAGUUGUGAUUUCGAUGUUCACUGUCGUCCCCCAACACUAGGCGUUUUAUAAAAGGGAAACUGUGAUCCCAUCUGGCUGGGUUCAUUCCUGCCCCCAUGCCCAGCCUGUUCCAUUCAGGAACCUCUUCCACAAAAUGGACCAUAUAGAGUCACAGGGCCCUGUUUGGGGCAGCCAGGGACUCUGGUGUGGACAGAACUCCCUGCCACCCCCACCAGGUCUGUUCUUGGGAAGGUGGGCUCUCUGCCCACAUUUGGAAGUACAGAAGUCUGGGUGGGGGGCUUGGGUUCAUUUUCCCACCCCAGGGGUGCCCGAAGGACCCCUGUCCCUGUCUGCCUGUCUGUGCCCGCUGCUUCUGCCCCCAGGGUGAGAUGGCCCAGCCUUUAGCGGCAGCCUCUGCCCUGACUUCCCUGUCUGGAGGCCCCACAGGAGGGCCAAAGGGCAGAGCCGUUGGGCGUGUUGUGUCCUGGGAUGCUGCUGUGGUGGAACCUGGCAGAUGCCAGUCAAAGCCUCAGGUGACGCCUAGCCACGGGCCGCGUCACAUCUUCCCUGGCUUUCCUUCCAUCCACCACUUUUUAAACAAAUAUACACGAGCUGUGUUUUCUAUACCUGUCUGUGACUUUCUGGAGCUGGGGGUCCCCCUACCCCCUUUACCUGGUGUUUAACUUUUCUUUUUGUACCAACAAAUCUGGGCCCAAGACACUACCCACACUGGAAGGGGAUUUCUAGAAUAAAUGUGUAAACCGAA